AUGGACACAGGACUUUAUAAUUACACAAGUGGCGAAGGGGCAGCUGAAAUAAUUUAUGUUGCUUUUGCCCUUGCGGUAAUGCAGCCAGCAUCUUAUGCAACAAAGCGGAACAGGGAGGACAGCAGCAUUCCCAACUCAAUAACCCACCUACCGCAGAAACUACUCAAAACCGCACCGAAUAAGGCCGCCGAAUUGUUAGAGACCACCUCGUCAUCUUAUGAGAGUGUUACUUCAAUUGAGGUGGACCUCUGCAAAAGAUGUGGAAGUCUCGAUAUGGACGAAAUUUUAUCGACAAGACCAAAAAGUUCACGUGGAAGGCUUGUAAAGGAUCUUGGACGUGCAGAAGCACCAAUAUUUGAUCCUUCAUGCUCUUUCUGCCGCCUGCUCUCCUCUGUAUACACUACGACUUUUGAGCCCCUCCCCGCGGGCAAUUUACUUCUCUACGCAUUUCCAUCCGACGGACGGCUUUGGUCAUUUGAGGAUCAGGUCGUGCUUCUUGCCAUCAAGCAACAAUCCACUCUAGCAGCCGACCACCAAUUACUAUGCUCUAUUUCUCCACCGAGCUAUAAAUCCAAUGGAGGCACGCUACGGGCAAGGCUGAUUGCAUCAGAUCAUAUUGAUUAUAGCAUCAUUCACGGAUGGAUCAUGACCUGCAAACAAGAUCAUCGAAUUUGUAAGCGGGUGCGACUGCAACAACCAAUGUUCCUGCGAUUCAUUGAUUGUGAAACACGAGAAAUCGUAUCAGGAGACAUCAGCUAUCAAUAUGUCGCUCUGAGUUAUGUUUGGGGCACCUCGAAUUGUCAACCUACCGCAUCCUCUGGAGAAACACUGCUAUUGGGAGAAGAUUUACGCACCAUUGAGGAUGCUAUCACGGUCACAAAAGCACUUGGCGUACGGUAUCUCUGGAUUGAUAGAUACUGCAUAAAUCAAGUCGACGCGAAAGAAAAGCACACUCAGGUCAGACAGAUGGACAAAGUUUACCAAGGAGCUUAUAUAACAAUCAUCGCGGCGGCGGGAUCUGAUCCUACUUACGGCCUUCCAGGUGUUGGCAGGACACCUCGAGUAGCCCAACCACGUGCAAGGGUGGGCAAACACAUCUUAGCGUCUCUUAUGGUGCAUCCGUCAGUUCUCAUCAAACAAUCUGUCUGGAUGUCUCGAGGCUGGACCUACCAAGAAGCGCUCUGCUCCCAGCGCCGGCUCAUAUUCACUGAUCAAUAUGUCUACUAUGAGUGCGCUGAAGCCAACUGGUCGGAGACAUGCGAUCUUGAGAGGAGUUGGUCAGGUUGGAACAUCUUCACAAAAGGACUUUUUGGCAAAUAUCCUUGGGAAGUCAUUACCUACAUUUCAGUUUAUGCCCAGCGCCAGCUUACUUACGACUCCGACGCCUUGAAUGGAAUUCUUGGCAUUCUCAGACUACUCGAAGAGGAGCCGAAAUAUCCUGUCUUCGACUGCAGCAGAAACUCAUUCGUGGAUUUUGAAACCGUGUUGGACGACUACAAGAAGGAUAGCUUUUCAUAUCCAGUCUCUCCAAUUCUUUACAUAACAGGUUUAGCUAUCGAUCUCCGCAUUCAACAUAACAACGAAAACGACCUCUUUUACACGACAAAUGAUCAUAUCCGUUCACUAUAUGUUCUGCCAAUCCUAACAUUACCGGGUUCCGAAGACAUCACUUUUCAAGUGAACAUUACCGAGAGCAUCCAGAAAUCAGAAGCUACCGAAGAGCUACUGUCACAAACGAUCAAAGGUAUAAUUUUAGGCGACAGUGCCCGGUCUACUCAAAUGAACAACAGUGGCUUGUUUAUACUUGCUGUGAAAAGAGUUAGGACAAAGAAUGGCGUGGAUGAGUACGAAAGGCUCGGCACGGGUUAUAUUGGGGUUUCAAGGCUAACCGAAUGCGCAACGCUGCAAUCAAUUUUCUUGGCUUAA